AGCAAUCUGUUCUCAUUUGAUAUUAACAGCAAAGGCACAACUUUAUCUCCAACUUAUUUGGCUUUAUUAUUUGGCUUUCAUUAACUAUAUGAGAACCAUACAGAAAUUAGGCUGUGACCUAUAAGACAGGGAUUUAAAUACUUUGAUCAACGUUACAGUAGAUGAUACUCAGAUUUCGUCUCAGAGGCAGGACUCCAACACGGCAGUGGAAGACCAACAAAAGGAUCAAGAAACAAAGGAAAGGGAAGAUGAAAGACCGACUUCAAGAAUUAAAGCAGAGAACAAAGGAAUUAGAACUCUCUAGAGACAGUCACGUGUUGGCUACCGAAACAGAGGAACAAGGGACACAUGAGCAACAAGCUGUUAUUUAUGAAAGAGAGCCUGUUGCCCAGAGACACCUACACGAGAUCCAAAAACUACAGGAGACUAUUAACAAUUUCACAGAUGAUGUGCAAAAAUUUGGACAGCAGCAGAAAAGUCUGGUGGCUUCAAUGAGAAGAUUUAGUCUACUUAAAAGAGAGUCUAGCAUUACAAAGGAGAUAAAAACCCAAGCAGAACACAUUAACAGAAAUCUGGGUGAGUUAGUUAAACAAGUUAAAAAGUCAGAGAUUGAAAAUGGACCAUCCUCAGUGGUGACAAGGAUACUUAAAUCUCAGCAUGCUGCGAUGGUCCAUCAUUUUCAGCAAACCAUGUUUAUGUACAAUGACACAAUAACAGCAAAGCAAGACAAAUGCAAGACAUUUAUUUUCCGUCAGCUUGAAGUUGCUGAAAAACAACUGCCUGAAGAAGAAGUAAAUGAUAUGCUUUAUCAAGGAAAAUGGGAAGUUUUUAAUGAGAGCUUACUUACAGAAAUAAAUAUCACAAAAGCACAACUCUCAGAAAUUGAACAGAGACAUAAAGAACUUGUUAAUUUGGAGAACGAAAUAAAGGACUUAAGGGAUCUUUUUAUUCAGAUAUCUCUUUUAGUAGAAGAACAAGGAGAGAGCCUCAAUAAUAUUGAAAUGAUAGUGAAUAGUACAAAAGAUUAUGUUAACAAUACUAAAGAGAAAUUUGGACUAGCUGUAAAAUACAAAAGAAGAAAUCCAUGCAGGGCAUUGUGUUGCUGGUGUUGUCCAUGUUGCAGCUCAAAAUAA